AUGAGCGAAAAAUAAUUAAUCUAAUAAAGUAACCAAGAAAUUAAUUAUGAAGCCGAAUAAGAUAAUAAAAAAGAAGAAGAAUAAGGACACGAAUAAGACUAAUUCUUUUAAGAAAGAGAAGAAUAAUAAGAUCAUAAUGAUGAAGAAGAGCAAGAAGAACAAGAAGAAGAUCAAAGCAUUGAACAAGAAUAAAUAGAAAAUAAUAGUCAAAAUAAAUAAGCGCAAGAUUAACAAUAAGAUUCUUUAGAUUCAUAGUAAAAGUAACAAGAAGAACUAAAUAUUUUAAAAUAAAAUAGACAAGAAGAAGAGUUAUAAUCAUAAAAUUUAUAGCAAAAUACUGACUUAUUGAAUUUUUUUUUCAGAAACUUCCAACAAGAAAUACAAUCUUAUUUUGCAGAAUUUUAACAAAAGCAAUUUAAUACGGAUUAAUAAUAACAAGAAUAAUAAUAAGCUUCAAUAUUAGCAAGUGAUAUUCCUUUAGUUUUACGUGUAGCCUUGUAUUAUGAUAAUAUAACAAUUCAUGCUUAAAAAAAUGAUGAAAAUGAAAUUUUUAGUAAGCCUAAUAGCUAUAAAUAUAUACUUGAUGCACUUGAAAAAUACUGCAUUUCAAAUAAAAGUAUGAAAGAAUUCGAUCCAAAUACAACGAGAAUUUUCUAUAAUGAUUUUGUUGAUUUCUGUUAUUUUUUAAUUUAUUAUGACUAAAAUAUUUACCUCUAAUAAAGUUCUAAAGAUGAUUUUGAAGUUAAGGAAAGUCAAUUAGAAAAAUAAAUUAAAGAAAAUAUUGAUCAUUAUGAAAAGUAUUUGUCUAACAAUUAAUUUGUUUCUCCUUAAGAAAAACAAGUAGCUGUUAAUAUGAUUAAUAAUUUGAAAUAAUAAUUAGAAGCCUUAACAAAAGGAAAUAAACAUACAAAUUCUAAAACUUAUAAAACUGCAAAAACGCUAGAAUAAACGAGAUAAAGAAAUUUAAAAGAAAUCUUCACUUUUUAUGCAAAACAAUAAAAUGUUAAUGGACCAGCUUUUACUUUUGACAGAAUAGUUCAUGAAUAAAAUAUAAUUAAUUUAGCAAGUUUUUUCUUGUUUUUGAAAUAAUUCGGAAUAUUAGGAUAAAAUAAAUAUGUAACGAAAAAAGAAAUAUCAGUUUUAUUCAAAAAGUAUGCUCUUAAUUAUAAAGAGUUAGAUUUAGAACACUUUAAGAUUUUGAUAGAAAAAGUUGCAUUAACAUAUCUUAAAGAAGAGGAAGAAUUAUCAAGCAUAGAAAAAGUUGAAAAAAUUUAUUAAAUAUUAGAAAUUGAUAAUUUAAAUAAAUUAAAAUCUAAAUUCAGAUUAUUAAAUUAACCUUUUGGAAUACAGGAAAAAGUUGGUUUUAGACAGCUUCCUUCUGA